AGAAAUUCAAGAUGGCGUGGACCUUGUGAUGAGAUUUGUUGUUUUUUGCGAUUGAUGUUCAAUAUCGUUUAAUUUUAGCGAUUGAAGUGGAGAGUCUUGUUUGGAUGUGGUGUUUUUUUUUUGAAGCUGCAAGGGUGUCAAGACUGCUCAUGUGAACUGUAUCUCUUUGAAAAGGGAUCAUAAUUGUAUCAGCUGCGUUAUAGAAAUCCUGGUGCAUGUGUUUCCAAUUUGAGUGAAAUUUUGAUGAUCGGAGUAUAAGAUGAAAUCUGAGGUAUUACCUCAAUAGACAGCCAGCAUUUCAAGAGAUGGAGACGGAGCCGCGCCUGCCGGAGAAGCGGCGCCGGCGGGCCACCGGCCAGGAGCCGGUGUCGGCGCCGGCGCCGCUGUCUAUGCGCCAGCUGCAGGUGGCGCCGCCGGCCGCACCCGCCGCGCCGGCCGCAGCCACCCACUCAGCGGCCGGCGGUGAGCCCCUGGUGAUCCGUACCCCAGCCGGUACAGAGGCCACCAGCAAGAUGCAGCAGAUUCUGCGCGCGCUCGGCCGCCGGCCCCGCCAGAGACGUGCCCGAAAACUCUCCAACGCCGCUCAGCUGAAACAGACCCAGGAGGGGGUCAUUGACCUGGAGACGCCGGACAGCAUCCUCACCAGAGUGCAGGUAAAGUCUCUGCUGAGCCGGUCGGCCUUCUGCCGGCUGCCGUCGCUGUACCAGCUGCAGCUGGCCAAGAUGCUGCCAGACGCCGACGGGCCCAGCGGCUCAGACGGGACCAUGAAACUGGGCGGCGCGAGCCUCAACAACGAGUUCCUGGCUCGCGCCUGUCAGCAGUGGCAGGAGCGACUGAGGCGGGGUGAGUUCACGCACGAGAACCAGCACAAGUACCGCGCAGACGUGGACAUGAUGCGGCGCCGGCUGGACCCCUGGAAGGCGCGGAACUUUGAGCCGGUUUGGGGCCGGCGGCCGCGCCGCUCCGGCAGUCCGGUGACGCGUGACGCCCAGUCGGUGCUCGGCACCGCCCUGCCGCCGGUGCCCGCCGCCGCCGCCGCCGCUGUCCUACCAGCCGCCGCCGCCACCACCGCCCCGGCGGCCGUCCCCGUCUCGGCGGCGGCAGCAGCGAGCAGCGCCCCCAGCGGCUCGGCCGCCGCCCCGUCCGUACCUGAAGUGAAGCCAAAGAGGUCGUGGGCCACGCCGCCGCCAGAGUCAGCCGAGAGGACGGCUGGCGCCGAGGACGAAGAAUGGAGCUCCCCCAACGACGUGUCUCUCGAGUCUACCACGUGGUCUCCGACUGAGGAAGCGGACGACUCGGGUCGGACCGAGGACGAGCUUCCUCCAGCCGAGGAGGACGAGGACGACGUCGGCGAGGAGGAGGAGCCCGAGGAGGAGGAACUGGAGAGGAUGAUGGAGCAGGUGGAGGAGGAGGAGGACGAGGAAGAGGAGCCGGAGGAGGCGGCCGCCGAGGUGGCCGUGUUUGUGGCCGGGUCGGUGUGCGGCACCCCGCCGGCGCCCGACAGUCCGCCGCGGGUGCAGCUGACUCCUCUGGCGGCCCCGCGCGCCGCCGGACGCAGGGACUCUCCGCCGCCGACCCCGCCGCCGGCCGAUGUCGGCGUGUCCCUGCUGCCGGUCGGUGUGAGCUCCGCCGGGGGACCGAGCGGCGCGGAGAGGGCCGCGCCGGCUGACCCGCUCAUCACCACCAUCUCGAUCACGACGGCCAACUCGGAGCCCUCCUCUCCGGCCAGCGAGAUAGGCGGCGAACAGGGCACGGAGGAGGAGCCCCCGGCGGCGGCGGCGGCGGCCGAGCCCGUUACGGUGGAGCUGCAGACCGCGGCGGGACGGCCGCCCGACCGGCCCACCUCCCCCACCGAGCAGGAGGACGGAGAGGAGGGAGAAGAUGAGGACGAAGAGGAACAGCGGGUAACGAUAGUGCCGGUGCCCGGUCCGGCGCCGGCUCCGGCCCUGGCCGUGCAGGCCCCAGCCGUGUCAGAGGCUGUGGAUGGGAUGGAGAGCGAUACCCCGCCGUCAGUUACCCCAGCGGUGGUGUCUCCGGCUCGGCAGGAGGAGGUCACAGUGACGCCUCUGGUGACGCCGAGCACAUCACCGGCCCCAGCGGCGGUCCCGGCCGCGCCGCACCGGUCGCCGCCGUCGCCGGCAGCGUCUGCCACCCCCUCCCCUGCCGCUGCUGCUGCCGCUGCCGCUGCCGUGGCGGUGUCGUCUGCCGCUCCAGCUCCGGUCGCCGCCUCAGUCCCGGCUCCGGCGGUCUCCACGGCGGUGACAGCGAUGUCAGGUGUUGCCGCCCAGCAGCCGCAGCCGGUGGUCUCUGAGGCAGCACAGCAGCAGCCGGCGGCCGAGCAGCAGCUGGCGCCGGUGCCGCCCCCUGCCCAGCAGCAGCAACAGACACAGCAACCAGCCCAGUCCCAGCCGGCAGUUCCGCUGCAGCAGCAGCAGGUGCGGCCGGCGCUGGCGGUGUCUGCCGGCCAGCCCCAGCCGGUGGCCCUGGCCGGUACCCUGCCUCUGCCGGCCACGGCGGGCGCUCAGCCCCGGCCCCAGACCUCGGCCGCGCCCGCCGCACAGCUGCGCACCAAGGGGAAGGGACGUGGGCAGGCCGGCAAAGCGGGUAAGGCGGCCCGUCCGCCGGCGGGUACGGUGAACCUGGAGCGCUCCUACCAGAUCUGCCAGGCGGUCAUCAACAAGUCGCAGAACCGCGCUCAGCUGCAGGCGCAGCUCAAACCGCUGCCGGCGCUGUUGGCGGAGCGCGGCGGCCCGGCCGGCCGGCGCUCGACCGCCCCCUCCGCGGCCGCCGCCGUAUCGGCCGCGCCGCACGCCAUGCAGGUCAAGUACGUCCAGGUGCCCGGCCAGAAGGUGUUCACGGCCACGCGCGUGGUGGCGAUGCCGGCGGCCGGCGGCGGCGGCCACACGGCCACCCCGCCGCCGGCCGCGCCGCCCGGGACGGUGGCUGUCAGUCAGGAGCAGGCCGCGCCGCUGGUGCUCGGAGAACUGGGCGAGAACGGAACCGUGGUGCUGCGGAAGGACCUGCUCGUCCGCGGCAAACAGAAGGUCUACCAGCCGCCGCGCCGCUCGACCCGCCUCUCCCGGAAGCGGGCCCGCUCCCACUCGGCCUGGUCCUCGGAUCCAUGCCGACUCUGUGUCGGAUGUCGCGCCUCCUUCCGACCGACUGAGCGCAAACGAAAACGCUAAGAUGACUGACAGCAGCGGUAAGACGGUGCUGGUGAUGCGACCUGUCCUCGAGUCACCACGGGCGUCCAGCGCCCCGCCCGACCGGCCGCCGACCGUGCUCCACCGACUGGCCCGGCCCAGCUCCACGGGCGGCGCCGUGCAGCUGACCCAGCUGACCUCCCAGCCGGCCGGGCAGCACCAGCUCCUACAGCACCAGCAGCACCAGCAGUUCAUACAGCAGCAGCAGCAACAGCAACAGAUGGUCACACACCAGCAGAUGCUCCAGCAACAGCAACAGAUGCAGGCGAGACAACAGCAGCAGCAGCAACAGCAGCAGGUUCAACAGCAGCAAAUUCAGCAACAGCAACAACAUGUACAGCAGCAACAGGUACAACAGCAGCAGCAGCAACAACAUGUUCAGCAUGUACAGCAGCAGCAGCAGCCACCACAACCACAACCACAACAGCAAGUACCGCAGCAACAGCAGCCUGUGCAACAGCAGCAGCAGCAGCAGCAGCAGCAUCUCAUGGUUCAGCAGCAACAGCAGCAGCACUUUAUCAGUCAGCAGAUGCAGCAGCAGCGGCAGCAGCAGAUGCUGGCCGCCCAGCAGCAGCAGCAGCAGCUGUCUAUGAUGCAGCAGCAGCAGCAGCGGCCCGGUGUGCCGCAGCAGCGGUUCAUGCUGGACCCGAAUCAGAACGUGUCUGUGCGGCCGCGGCAGUGGACGCCGGCGGUAACCGCCUACCGGCCGGCGCAGUUGGACAAUGGCGCCACGCAGUAUGUCAGUCUGAACCAGCAGGUGGUGCAGAUUCAGAACUCUCCGAACCCCACGGCGGCCGGGGCGGCGGCGGCGGCCGCAGCCGCAGCUGCAGCGGCAGCCGCCGCGGCCGCGCCCGUCUCGGCCGGCCAGUCCAUGUUCCACCUGCAGCCGGGCGGCCGGCCCAUGGUGAAGGUGGUCUCGGGCGGCGGCGGCGACUGCGGCUGCAGCCUCAAGGCCAUGGUGAUGUGUCAGAAGUGCGGCGCGUUCUGCCAUGACGACUGUAUGCCGGGUCCGCCGCAGCCGGCCGUCUGCACCACCUGUCUGGCGUGCCGGUGAUCGGCGCGCGGCGAGUCGACUGCCGACGGCGGCGCGAGGCAUCCCCGCGGCCGCCGGCGUGUGUGAUAGUGCCUUCGCUGUGUGAGUGCGCGUGGUUUUAGCAGCGGUCGGCGCGUCAGCCGGCCGAGUGUACUGGCCCCCGAGUCCGGCGGCCCAUUAUCGCGCGGCGCGUUCCCAUGCUUUCCAGUGCGGGCGUUGAUCUUGUUCUUUUUUACCUAAUGCAGUUAAGGGUAUUUUGUUUAUAGUGCACUGAUAUUUAUUGUACUGCAUUCACCGUCGGGAGAUGUUCAACGCCAUCUGUAAAAUACAUAUGAUGUGCGCA